AUGAAUUUUGGUCGCAUAAUCAAUGUGUUGCUCAAUGAUUAUGACAUUCAUCUGUUACCAAUGGCGGAUGGCGUUAAUGUCACCAUUGAACUGCACGUACAGCAUUUGAACGUUUGCACGACAAACAUCACGCUGAAAAGUGACUUUCGGAAAAAAAUUUGGACUCCAGACACGUGUAUUAUCAACAGUAAGGAGGCUGCAGUGCACAGCUCACCGUCCGAGAAUACUUUCAUCAUCCUCUAUGAGCAUGGAUUGCUUUGGAGUAAUUUCAGGCUCAAAGUGAAGGCUCCUUGCAAAAUGGAUUUGAAAAUGUUCCCGUUUGACUGGAUACACUGCCAGCUGGUUUUUGAGAGUUACUCGUUCAACACAGACGAGGUGCGCCUGGUCUGGCACGACUCACCAGUCACGAUGAUGGAAAAAGUGGAGCUGCCAGAUUUCGACCUAAUCGGCUGGAGUACUGACCAUAAAAGGCUCGAGUAUCCCAAUGGCGACUGGGACAGGGCGCAGGUGAAAUUCACGUUUGCUCGACGUUACGGCUUUUAUCUGUUCCAGUCCUAUUUUCCCACAUCACUGACCGUCAUCAGCUCAUGGGUCGGAUUUUUUUUCGAUGUACGAUCUGUUUCUGCAAGAUGGGAGCGCGAGAGGCAGAUCGGUUCAAAAGUUCUCGGUCAUUGGCUCAAUCAAAUAAGGUUGGUGAGAAAAUUUGAUGACAAAAUGACUAUAAACCUUUAA